GGGGAGCCGGGGACUGUCCCCCGGGCUGCGCCAGGGCGGGAACUUUCUCCGACCGCCCGGGCCAACGCUGCGAGCGCGCCUGGCUCCCGCGUCCCCAUCCCGGAGGGCUCGGGCGUCCAGGUGUGCCCGAAGCUGGAGGAACGCUCCCGGAGCUUGGCGUAGCUGCGGUGGGUCCGGCAGGGCUGCCAACCGUGACCCUGAACCUGAGGCGUCUGGGCACUUACGGGUGUCCCCGACCCCUUACUUUGCUAGUGCGCGCCCGGGACAGGGAGCAGGAGACCUGCUCUCACUUGUUACCUUUGCCCGAGCAGUGUGGAGGCUGUCCUUGUUGGAAGGCAUCAUGAAUUGGCAUUUCCCCUUCUUCGUCCUGACCACAGUGACUUUGCCCUCCGUGUACUCCCAAUUCAACUCUCUGUCGCUGGAGGAACUAGGCUCUGACACAGGGAUCCAGGUUUUCAAUCAGAUCGUUAAGUCACGGCCUCAUGAAAACAUCGUUGUCUCCCCACAUGGGAUCGCAUCCAUCCUGGGCAUGUUGCAGCUGGGGGCCGAUGGCAGGACAAAGAAGCAGCUCACGACAGUGAUGAGAUACAGCGUGAACGGAGUUGGUAAAGUGCUGAAGAAGAUCAACAAGGCCAUUGUCUCCAAGAAGAAUAAAGACAUUGUGACUGUAGCCAAUGCCGUGUUCGUCAAGAAUGGCUUUAAAAUGGAAGCGCCCUUUGCAGCAAGGAACAAAGAGGUGUUUCAGUGCGAAGUGCAGAAUGUGAACUUCCAGGACCCCGUCUCUGCCUGUGAUUCCAUCAAUUUUUGGGUUAAAAAUGAAACCAGGGGCAUGAUUGACAACCUGCUUUCCCCGAAUCUGAUCGAUAGUGCCCUUACCAGACUGGUCCUCAUCAAUGCGGUGUAUUUCAAGGGUUUGUGGAAAUCCCGUUUUCAACCCGAGAGCACGAAGAAACGGACAUUCGUGGCAGGUGAUGGGAAGCCCUACCAAGUGCCCAUGCUGGCCCAGCUCUCUGUGUUCCGCUCUGGGUCUACCAGCACCCCGAAUGGCUUAUGGUACAACUUCAUUGAGCUGCCCUACCAUGGCGAAAGCAUCAGCAUGCUGAUCGCCCUGCCAACGGAGAGCUCCACCCCACUGUCUGCCAUCAUCCCCCACAUCAGCACCAAGACCAUUGAUAGCUGGAUGAACACCAUGGUGCCCAAGAGGAUGCAGCUGGUCCUGCCCAAGUUCACAGCUGUGGCACAAACCGAUUUGAAGGAGCCACUGAAAGCCCUUGGCAUUACUGAGAUGUUUGAGCCAUCAAAGGCAAAUUUUGCAAAAAUAACAAGGUCAGAAAGCCUUCACGUCUCUCACAUCUUGCAAAAAGCAAAAAUUGAAGUCAGUGAAGACGGGACCAAAGCUUCAGCAGCAACAACUGCAAUCCUAAUUGCAAGGUCAUCGCCUCCAUGGUUCAUAGUAGACAGGCCUUUCCUGUUUUUCAUCCGACAUAAUCCCACAGGUGCUGUCUUGUUCCUGGGGCAGAUAAACAAGCCCUGAAGAAGAGAGGAAAGAAACCCAUGCAAAGCAAAGCAGACUUUGCUGUAAAGAAAGACCCCUUUCCCCACAUCUUUCAUAGUUCUGUUAAAUAUUUUUGUACACUGCUUUCUUUUUUGAAACUGGUUCAUAGCAACAGUUCAGUGACGCAAGUGUUUCUGGUCAGGGCUGUGUCAGAAGAAAGGGCAGGAAGGCUGGGCUGCUGUACUGAAGGCUGAACAGGAGGGCUUCAAGAUGUCUAAAAGAUUUCUUUAAACUACUGAUCAGUUACCUAGGUUAACAACCCUCUUGAGUAUUUGCUGUCUGUCCAGUUCAGGAUUUUUGUUUCAUUCUCGUUUAUACAUGUGACUUUCCAGGAGAAGUUUAAUCAGUGUGACAGGAGAAAAAAAAUAUGACCUUUUAUAGUAGUUUUAUGGGAAAAAUAUUAUUUGCCUUUUUAAUUCUUUUUCUCUCACUUCCACCCAAAGGCUUGAAGGUGAUGAGGGGUGGAGCUAGCAAAAGCUGUAGCCUCUUCGUGUGUUGUUUUUGUUGUUGUUGCUAUUGUUGUUUUAUAUAAUGCAUGUAUUCACUAAAAUAAAGUUUGAGAACUAACAUCUUGCUGGACACAAUUUGCUGUCAAGCCACGUUCCUGUCACUACUGGUCUGUACUCUUUGGAUCGGCAUUUUUGUAUUUUGUAUAAAGUAAAAAAAAUAAAUAAAUAAAGUGUUACAAGUAGU